AUGUUCCAAAGUGCACUUUUUUCUGUAUUUACUGUUUUUGGCGGCUGCUGCUCGAAUGUUUUGACGUUGGAAAGCAUUGUUUCCACUCAUGAACUGCCAAUCGGAAAUACGCUCACUUUGUUCCAAUUUUUAUUAGUGACUAUUGAAGGACUGUAUUCAUUUGGAGAUUUUAAGAGAGGGUUCCCUUUUUUAAAGCCAAUGCAAAUACCUUUGAAGGUCUACGUUGUUUCGGUUUUACUUUUUUUUGUGAGCUCCAUCACAAAUAACAGUGUUUUUAAUUAUGGUAUUUCAGUUCCGCUUCAUAUCGUAUUUAGAAGCUCCGGGAUUGUCAUAACCAUGCUUAUGAGCUGGCUUUUCAAUAAUAAACGUUAUUCUAGGCUUCAGGUAUUUUCAGGCCUCCUAUUGACGAUUGGUACGAUAAUUACUUCAGUAUUUCAAGAUGGUAACGUCAGCUGUGGAAAUAGACAGCCUUUUUCUGACUUAAAGAGAGACCAGAUGGUUUUCAGGCUCAAGUUCCUCAAAGGCAUUGCUCUAUUAACAUUAUCUUCAGUAUCGUCUUCAUCAUUGUCAAUUUACACUGAACGGGCAUACCAAAAAUACGGAAAACAUUGGAGAGAAAACUUAUUUUAUACACAUGCUUUGUCACUUCCAUUAUUUUUAAUCCAGUACAGACAGUUACUUAAACAGCUUUUUGUUUUGAAAGAAUCAGAUAAGAAGACCAUAUUGACAAUUUAUAAUGUUCCACUUACGUUAGACAAAAAACGUUUACUCCUUGCAAACAUAUUUUCUCAGCGAGUAUGUAUAAAAGGCGUUAAUAUAUUGGCAAGUAAAACUAAUGCCUUAACCCUAUCUGUCGUCCUACUCAUAAGAAAGUUUUUGAGUCUCUUACUGAGCCUUUACAUAUUUAGCAGUGAGCUAUCGUUGACAAGCUACGUAGGGAUUGCUUUAGUAUUUACGGGCGCACUCGUGUAUGCUAUAGCCCCGAACAUAGAAAGUAGCAAUGCCACACAUAAGAAGGAAAAUUGA